ACCCGUAGAGCAGCGCGCCUGCGUCCUCGGCCCGCCUAUGUUUUGGCCGAACCAAGAUGGCGGUGCAGGAGUCGGCCGCUCAGCUCUCCAUGACCCUGAAGGUCCAGGAGUAUCCGACCCUCAAGGUGCCCUAUGAGACCCUGAAUAAACGCUUCAGAGCUGCUCAGAAAAACAUUGACAGGGAGACGAGCCACGUCACCAUGGUGGUGGCUGAGCUGGAGAAGACCCUGAGCAGUUGCCCUGCUGUGGACUCUGUGGUCAGCCUGCUGGAUGGCGUGGUGGAGAAACUCAGCGUCCUCAAGAGGAAGGCGGUGGAAUCCAUCCAGGCCGAGGAUGAGAGUGCCAAGCUGUGCAAACGCAGGAUUGAGCACCUCAAAGAGCACAGUAGUGACCAGCCGGCCGCGGCCAGCAUGUGGAAGAGGAAGCGCAUGGACCGCAUGAUGGUGGAGCACCUGCUGCGCUGCGGUUACUACAACACGGCCGUCAAGCUGGCGCGGCAGAGCGGCAUCGAGGACCUGGUGAAUAUAGAGAUGUUCCUGACAGCCAAGGAAGUGGAGGAGUCCCUGGAGAGGCGUGAGACAGCCACCUGUCUGGCCUGGUGCCAUGACAACAAGUCCCGGCUCCGGAAGAUGAAGAGCUGCCUGGAGUUCAGUCUACGGAUUCAGGAGUUCAUCGAGCUCAUCCGGCAGAACAAGAGACUGGAUGCAGUGAGACAUGCAAGAAAGCACUUCAGUCAGGCUGAAGGGAGCCAGCUGGACGAGGUCCGCCAGGUCAUGGGCAUGCUGGCCUUCCCGCCAGACACACACAUCUCCCCAUACAAGGACCUCCUGGACCCGGCCCGGUGGCGAAUGCUGAUCCAACAGUUCCGGUACGACAACUAUCGCCUACACCAGUUGGGCAACAGCUCAGUGUUUACCCUCACACUGCAGGCUGGCCUCUCCGCAAUUAAGACACCACAGUGCUACAAGGAGGACGGCAGUUCCAAGAGCCCGGACUGCCCUGUGUGCAGCCGGUCCCUGAACAAGCUGGCACAGCCCCUGCCCAUGGCACACUGUGCCAACUCCCGCCUGGUCUGCAAGAUUUCUGGCGACGUGAUGAACGAGAAUAAUCCGCCCAUGAUGCUGCCCAACGGCUACGUCUACGGCUACAAUUCUCUGCUUUCUAUCCGUCAAGAUGAUAAAGUUGUUUGCCCGAGAACCAAAGAAGUCUUCCACUUCUCCCAAGCCGAGAAGGUAUACAUCAUGUAGGCCCCAGCUUGGCCACGCCCUAGGGGCCUCCUGAGCCCCAGCCUGCGCCGCUUCUGUUCCUUGCGACCAAAGAUCAGUGAGCAACAAUAAAUACUCGUAGGAAGAAAGGAAAUGAGACUUAAUGAGUUUGUACUUGAAAACAUUCUGAUCGGUGGGAUUUUGUAACAUAAAUCAGCAACCUGAUGCUUCUGAAAAGUACUUUCUGCUUUUAAAGGAAGCAUCUCCUCUCCAUACAGACCCAAACACCUGGAGCACUUCAAAGUAGGACUGUGAUUCCCUGAGGGCUCCAGUCCCUCCUUCUUGCUGCUGAGACUGGAGAAGGGCAGAUCCUUCACCAGCUCAUGUUGGCCUGGCAUGGCCAGGGAGAGGUGGUAAUUGCCUGGUGCCACAGGGUUCCCUUGUGACUUCGUUCCAGAGCUGCUGCCAAACGCCAGUGCCACAGCCUGCAGGGGGGCUGGCUCAGAGGGCUGCCCUUGCCUAUGGGCAGUGCUGGGGCUCAGUAAGUGCAUAGCUCAACGUCACACCUUUCCUGCCGCCUUAGUCCUUGUUCUGAGAAUGUAUUCAUGUGGAAAUCUGUGGGACCGACUUUCUGCAGAGGCCUUGCUGGAUGGUUCUGUAACUCCAGAGUGGAAGUAUUGUUCAUGACAGAAACUAAUAGUUCAGUUGAAGUGAGUCCCAAUGGCUUUU